AUGCCGCGACAAAAUAUUAUUAUUUAUUUUUUGAUUAUCUGGCUUUCCAUAGUUAAUUAUGGUAGAGCCAUAGAUGUUGAAGUUGGCGACGGUGAUUACACCUUUAGUCCCAGUUUCGUAGUUGCAUAUUAUGAUGAACCUGUAACAUUUAUAAGAAUAGGCACUAAGACUUUUACACUCUAUGAAUCAGAUACAUCACAUUGUACAAAAUCCGAAAGACCUGACGCUUUUUAUGCAGUAUUAACGGACGAACAGCCACGAGCUACAUUUAAAGCUAAAAAUACCGGAAGGAACAAAUUUUAUAUAUUUGUUAAUAAAGGUUGUGAUUUUCGUAGUAUAUUUAAAAUUAGCGCCAGUGAAAAUCCGGAUCAACCCUCGAAAGUAAAAUCACUAAGUACCCCACCUCAACCACCAAAAUAUUCUGAUGAUAAUAGCCCACCUAAACCACCAAAAUAUUCUGACGAUAAUGGCCCACCUAAACCACCAAAAUAUUCUGACGAUAAUGGCCCACCUAAACCACCAAAAUAUUCUGACGAUAAUAGCCCACCUAAACCACCAAAAUAUUCUGACGAUAAUGGCCCACCUAAACCACCAAAAUAUUCUGACGAUACUAAUAAUAAGUUUAAUAACAAUAGCUCUGGCAAUCAAUCAUCCUUUAUUAGUAUCGUCGUAGUUUAUGUUAUAAUAGCCGUAGUUACGGUCUAUUUCAUAUAA